AUGCUGAUCGGACUUCGCCGGAAAAGCUCUCCGAAAUCCUACCAGAGCUCCGUCAGUUUACGUGGCGUGAUGCCGGUGAAGACUUUCUCGGCUGAUUUUUGCGUCGUCGGAGAGCUGCUCGUCAGAAGGGAGAUCGAUGACAGGUGGCUCGGGACAAGGCAACAAAGUGACGAAGUGGAGGAGGGCAGAGAAGGGCGGUGGUUGUCGUCGAUCCAGAAGAACAAUCCUAAAGGUAUUUAUUAG